GAGCCGCGACGCGAAACACUCAACGCGAACAACACUGCAUGCAUACUCUCCCUGCAGAGUUGUUUGUGUUCUGACUCGUCUUGUGAAACCCUGCCUUCUGGACAAAACAGUGUCUGUCCAUCCGCACAUUUGCAAGCUUAUGGCAAGGUGAAAACGGACUGCCAGCAUGGCAUACGCCGCGCAACUGAGCGCCCUCACAGAUGAGCUCAUUGGCACUAUUGUCACGUCGACCUCAGACCAGGAUCCUGCCCUCCUCCAGACCGUGCGAGAAUCUAGUCUGCAGCGAUUGCGGCAUCACACCCGUCUCCGCACCAACCAGUUCGAGGUUUACAAGCAGCUAGAGGGGCUUGAGGAGCGCCUCCACGUUGUGAAUCGAGAUGGCCUCGCAGAUGCGCUCGGCAGUCGCAUGGCUCGCCUCUCGAGCCUCGAUCUGAAAUGGUUGCCUGAUGCUCUCCACUUCCUGUUGGAGCUCUCGGACAAGCCUGUGGAGAAAUCCAAGCUGGCAGACCUUGAGCUUUUGAAGCCCCCAGAGGUAGUCCCUGAACCAGGGCUGACAUGGGACGAGAUUGCCAAAGAGGACGGUUGGGCCGACGACCGCCAUCUUUGGGACAGUGUCGACUUUGGCAACGAUAGCUCCGACGAAUACCUGGGGUCCGAUAGUGCGUCUGACAAUGAGGCAGACAAAGCGCAGGGUUCCGAUGAUACCACUGCCUCGGUUUCUGUCCAGAAUCAAUAUUUCAGACGUCCAGACGAUUUGAUCAUCCAUAUCCAAGAUGAGCUUGGCCUGGAACGGGUUGUGCAGACACAGCAAUGGCGAAAGGUUGCGUCAGAUAUGCGUACUGGCACACCACAGGCACACAUGAUGUCGGAGGCACAGGCCGUGCGAGAAGUGUUGUUCAUGCUCAGAGGCCUGAAAACCUCAAUCUUCGACCAUGAUGGCAGGCCAGUCCCUCAUGUUCGCCUAUCACAUACGUCCGAACCAGUACUGAGAGAGGCACUUACGAACCUCGGCCAAAUAGGACGACAGUUCUCCCUCCUGCGUGCCUUUGCGAAGGAGAAACACAAAUUGCCGUUGAUACAAGUUUUCCAGGAUGCCGUAGACAGUCGACUCAAGGAGUUUGACAGCAUGUCAGCAGACUAUGAGCGUCGACUGGUAGAUGUGUCGAACAGCAUUGUUGUGAGCUUGACCAAGAUUGUACACGAUCUGGGCCCACGCAUCCAGCCGCUAUCUGCGCUGUCCGAGGUUGUUUCGCAGUUUCUCGAGGCAAAGUAUCCUCAUCCAUUCCGAUAUCUUGAGCUUUUAUUCGACUCUGCGGCCAAUGCUCAGCUCGAGGGCAGGGCACAGGCUUAUGAAUUCCUCGCCACCAUUUUUCUCACAUGUUUCAAGGUGUAUUUGCGACCGAUACGCCUCUGGAUGGAGUCUGGCGAGAUCGACAUAAGCGACAAGGUCUUCUUCAUAUCAAGUACUGCGGCUCGGCUGCCCUCCCAUCAGGUCUGGCGCGAUCAGUACAAGCUACGAGUCUCUCAGGACGGCACCUUGGUGGUUCCACGAUUUCUCCAUCCAUCCAUAGCAAACAUCUUCAAUGCAGGCAAGAGCAUCGUAAUGCUUAAGCUUUUGGGUAGGCAUUACUCCUGCGAUCAUAGCCAGGAACCUUCAUUGGACUUUGCGGCGAUUACGGCAGGGGACAUCGACAAUUUCGCUCCAUUCCCGGAAGUGUUCAGUGAGGCAUUUGAAGCAUGGAUAGAGAGCAAACACCAUGCGGCCUAUGCGACUCUCCGUACGGUUCUCCUGGGGAGUUGCAGAUUGAUUGUUGAGAUCGAUUCAUUGCACAGUGUCUUCCUGAUGACUGACGGUUCUCGAUCCGGCCUACUGGCUGUGUCCAUUUUCCAUAAUCUGGACUUACUGAAUGCCAACUGGCACGAUCGACUCGCACUGAGCCAGGUCGCCCAGGAGGCAUUUGAAUCAAAAAUAGACGCAAGCCGCCUGGCUGUGAGCGUGCCAGCGAUGGAGCUCAAGAAUGAUGUAGCAAAGACGCGGACGUCCGUCCGCCUCGGCCUACCACUCGUUCGAGUAACCUACCAUCUUCCAUGGCCUCUACGGAUUGUCAUUACGGACACGUCGCUGGGUCACUACCAAGCCGUGUUCACGUUCCUCCUCCAGCUCCGCCGCGCCAGCUAUGUCUUGCAUCGGCACAAACCUCUGGCCGAUGGAGUAGCAGACCUCUCGCAAGACCAGACGGCCUACUACCGUGUACGCAUGCGUCUUCUGUGGUUCUGCAGCGUCAUCGAUACGUACAUUACCACGCUGGUUAUUGGGCCUCUGGCUGCACAGCUUCGCAGCGAUCUCGAGCAGGCGAAAGAUAUCGACGCCAUGAUCAGUGUCCACUCCUCUUUCGCGAAACGGAUGAUCGACGAGGUAUGCCUGGGCACAAGGCUUGACCCGAUCAGGCAGUGCAUCCUCGACGUUCUCGACCUGGCUAUCAAGCUCGAGGACGCACGACAGUCCGAGGCUCAACGAGAAGCAGAGGCCACACAGGAACUCUCGCGACUCUCGACAUACUCAUCCCCCGCAAAGCCAAAUAGGCCGCAGCGAUACAUGCAGGCCAGCGAGGAGGAAGACCAGACGUUCCUCGAGGAACAAGAUAAGAGCAAACUCUACGAGCAAGACGACAGUGACGAUGACGAUGAGGCUGGGGCGAAGGAUUAUUAUAGAACUCUGAUGGACAUGGCCGACGAGCUGGAUAGACACAUGAAGUUCUUGUGCAGCGGCCUCAGGGGAGUGGCCCGGGCAAGCACAAACUCGGCAGCUGCAAAGUGGGACACGCUGGCCGAGAUGCUCGAGUUUGGCGUGCUGGAGCCGAGGUCUUUUGCCCUAUAAAGUUGCAACAGGAGCCAUGGAAUGAGAAAAUCGAUCC